UUGGAACUCCUGAAGGACCAACUCCAAAUAAAUUAUGAAUGUUGAACAAGAUGACCUUACAUCCACAGCAGAUAAUGAUAGGUCCUAGGUUUAACAGGGCCCUAUUUGACCCCUUGCUUGUGGUGCUACUGGCUCUUCAACUUCUCGUGGUUGCUGGUUUGGUCAGAGCUCAGACCUGCCCUUCUGUCUGUUCCUGUAGCAAUCAAUUUAGCAAAGUAAUUUGUGUGAGAAAAAAUCUGAGAGAGGUCCCUGAUGCUAUAUCUACUAAUACAAGGUUGCUGAAUCUCCAUGAGAACCAAAUUCAAAUAAUCAAAGUGAAUAGCUUCAAACACCUGAGGCAUUUAGAAGUCUUGCAGCUGAGCAGGAAUCACAUUAGAACAAUUGAAAUUGGGGCCUUCAAUGGUCUGGCUAAUCUCAAUACUUUGGAACUCUUUGACAAUCGUCUUAGCACCAUUCCUAAUGGGGCAUUUGUGUACUUGUCAAAACUGAAGGAACUUUGGUUGCGAAACAACCCCAUUGAAAGUAUUCCCUCUUAUGCUUUUAAUAGAAUCCCUUCCCUGAGGAGGUUAGAUCUGGGGGAACUAAAAAGGCUUUCAUAUAUCUCAGAAGGUGCCUUUGAAGGUCUAUCCAAUUUGAGGUAUUUGAACCUUGCUAUGUGCAACCUUCGGGAGAUCCCUAACCUCACACCACUUGUAAAACUGGAUGAGCUAGAUCUUUCUGGGAACCACUUAACUGCUAUCAAGCCAGGGUCUUUUCAAGGGUUAAUGCACCUGCAGAAAUUGUGGCUGAUCCAAUCCCAGAUUCAGGUGAUUGAAAGGAAUGCCUUUGAUAACCUUCAGUCACUAGUAGAGAUCAAUCUGGCCCACAACAAUCUAACACUACUGCCUCAUGACCUCUUCACACCUCUCCGUCUGGAAAGAAUCCACCUGCAUCAUAACCCUUGGAAUUGCAACUGUGACAUCCUGUGGCUCAGCUGGUGGAUUAAAGACAAAGCACCCUCCAACACUGCAUGCUGUGCCCGUUGCAACACACCUCCCAGCUUGAAAGGAAGGUACAUUGGUGAGCUGGACCUGAAUUACUUUACAUGCUAUGCUCCUGUGAUCGUGGAGCCGCCAACAGACCUCAAUGUCACUGAAGGCAUGGCUGCUGAGCUUAAAUGCCGAGCAUCAACAUCCCUGACCUCUAUAUCUUGGAUUACUCCAAAUGGAUCUGUUAUAACACAUGGGGCUUAUAGGGUUCGGAUUUCUGUGCUCAGUGAUGGCACAUUAAAUUUUACAAGGGUAACUGCGCAAGACACAGGGUUGUAUACAUGCUUGGUGAGUAACUCUGUUGGGAAUACUACGGCUUCUGCAACUCUCAAUGUAACUGCACAGGAGUGUAUUACUUAUUUUUCAACCAUCACAGUAGAAACUGUGGAACCUUCUCAGGAUGAGGCACGGACCACAGAACAGGUUUGGCCUACGCCGGUUAUUGAUUGGGACACCACCAAUGCGACAACCUCUCUCACACCACAGAGCACAAGGUCAACGGAAAAAGCAUUCACAAUUCCUGUGACAGAUUUAAGCAAUGGGAUCCCAGGAAUAGAUGAGGUUAUGAAGACUACCAAAAUCAUAAUUGGUUGUUUUGUGGCAAUCACUCUUAUGGCUGCUGUGAUGUUGGUCAUUUUUUACAAAAUGAGAAAACAGCAUCACCGGCAAAAUCACCAUGCUCCAACACGGACUGUAGAAAUCAUUAAUGUGGAUGAUGAACUUACAGGUGAUACACCUAUAGAAAGUCAUUUGCCCAUGCCAGCAAUAGAGCAUGAGCACUUAAACCACUAUAACUCUUAUAAAUCUCCUUUCAACCACACAACAACAGUUAACACAAUAAAUUCCAUACACAGUUCAGUGCAUGAACCAUUAUUGAUCCGAAUGAACUCUAAAGACAAUGUACAAGAGACUCAGAUCUAAACCAUUUACAGAUUUAAGGGGGAAUUUAAAACAAAAAGACAGUUUAUUAAAAAAAAAUGACACAGAUGACUGGGCUAAAUCUACUGUUUCAAAAAAAGUGUCUUUACAAAAAAAGAAAUUUAUUUAUUAAAAAUUCUAUUGUGAGCGAAAGCAGACAAAAUUAUGUGUAUUCCUCAGAACCUCUUUUUGCUGCAUUUAUUUACCCUACCCUACUGAUUUCCCUUUCCUUUCUUCUUUCCCUUUCCUUCCCCUUCUAUCCCAUUUGCCAUAUUUUUCAUAGAACAACUUGAUUCUCUAAAGAACUGGUCUAGGAAUUUUUGUAAGAAUUCUGUUAAUGCUUUGGGAAUUUUUAUGGUGAAUUCUAGUGGUGAGAUUCGGUCUAUUUUGUCUUUUAUCAUUUUAUUUUCUUCUCAUGCCCUUUUUGAAAUGGUUCAGUGAGGAAAUGGAUGUUAGCAGUAGAUUCAUAAGAACAAUCAAGGAACAGAAACAAACAAAACAAAACAUUUUAUUUUUCUUUUAUUUUUUCACAUUUCUGUAUUUCCUGAAGGGACCAUUCUGUGGAAGGAAAACAAAACAAACAAACAAACAAAAAACCAAGAAAUUAAUUUUCAUGUGAGCAUCUAUAAAACCCAUGAUCUUUUAAACAACUCUAGA